AAUUUCUGCCCAAGCCCAAGAUUGACCCUCUUAAUUAAUUACCCUUUUAACCCUCAAAAUUAACAUACAAACUUCCCCUAAUUUAUUUCCCAGAAACCCUAAUAAUCUAAUUUUUCAAAUCCUAUAUUUAUAAAGCUCGAUUAGGAUUGAUUGCGUGUAUGUAUGUAUAUCUCUAUGUAUAUGAUCAAUCGUGUAGAUGCAUGUCGGCGGUAUAACAGUGGAUCUAAAUUGGUUCAUUCAAUUGAUUUUCACGCUAUUCAUAAUCGGAAUCGGUUUGAUUCAUUUGGUCAAGAAUACGGCCUCCAAGUACUUCGAAGUCGGCGCCAAUUUCGAAGGCGGAGAAGGCGGAGCUGCCUCUAGAAUUCCUGCUCAUCGGAAUCACUCACCUCUCAUGGAUUCCGAUCACCUUUCUUGCGCCAAUUGCGGCAAUUCUGGCAACAAGAAGUGUUCCCGCUGUAAAUCUGUUUUCUACUGCUCAAUAAAAUGCCAAGAAGCACAUUGGAAAUCUGGGCAUAAGACAAAAUGCAAGAUUCCUGUCAGGGUUAGUUCAACAGACAAUGCAAAAGAAAAUUUCGGAUUUAAAGCUUCAGGUGUUGUGGGCGAAAGAGUUUCCUCUGGUAUUGCGCUUGUUCCUUCCCGUGGAGCCUUUAAGUUCUUAAAGAAGCCGAGAGAGGUUUUGUUCCCCUAUGAUGAAUUCAUUAAACUUUACAACUGGGACAAGGAAGCAUUCUCUCCUUGUGGCCUUUUAAAUUGUGGAAACAGCUGCUUUGCCAAUGCGGUACUGCAAUGCCUCACGUUCACACGGCCUCUUGCUGCCUACUUGCUGGAGAAAGGCCAUCGAAGAGAAUGUAGACGUAAUGAUUGGUGCUUCUUAUGUGAACUUCAAGUGCAUGUUGAAAGAGCAAGCAAAAGUACGCAGCCCUUUUCGCCAAUGAGUAUUCUGUCGCGCUUGCCUAAUAUUGGCGGUAAUCUUGGCUAUGGAAAACAGGAGGAUGCUCAUGAGUUUAUGAGGUUUGCCAUUGACACAAUGCAAUCAGUCUUCCUUGAUGAAUUUGGUGGAGAGAAAGCUGUUGAUCCAGCUUCUCAAGAAACGACCCUUAUUCAACAUGUAUUUGGCGGUCACUUGCAGUCUCAGGUGAUAUGUACGAAAUGCAACAAAAUAUCUAAUCAGCUUGAAAACAUGAUGGAUUUAACCGUUGAAAUUCACGGGGAAGCAGCGUCCUUGGAGGAAUGCCUUGAUCAAUUCACUGUCAAAGAGCAACUUCAUGGAGACAAUAUGUACAGAUGUGACGGGUGCAAUGACUAUGUCAAGGCUUGGAAGUGUCUUACCAUUCGACGGGCUCCAAAUAUUCUUACAAUUGCUCUGAAAAGAUUUCAGAGUGGGAGGUUUGGGAAACUCAACAAAAGAGUAGCUUUCCCUGAGAUGUUGAAUCUUAGCCCCUAUAUUAGUGAAGCAGAAAAUGGUACAGAUGUAUACAGGCUAUACGCGGUUGUCGUCCAUGUGGAUAUGCUGAACGCAUCAUUCUUUGGUCAUUACAUCUGCUAUAUUAAAGAUUUUUGUGGAAAUUGGUAUAGAGUUGAUGACUGUAAGGUUAGAAGUGUUGGAUUGGAAGAAGUUCUUUCUCAGGGAGCAUAUAUGCUUUUAUAUAGCAGAAUUUCCGCUAGGCCAUCAUGUCUAAGAACCAUGGAGCCUUCAAAGGAGCAGAAGGCAGCAGAAUUAUUGGAAUUACACCAAUCAAAUGGGAAAAUUGAAUGCACAAAUAUAAGAGUUGAAGGCGUCUCAGAUCCGGAGUUGAUGAAUGGCACAAACUCUAAUGGCUACCAGACACACGAAAAGAAUUUCGAAUAUGUAAAUGAAUGUGAGAUUGGAUCAACUUCAGCUGUUUCGAUAGACGGUUCCUUUUGUGUGAUAGAGUCAUCGUCUUCCAGAGUUGACUCCUUGGAUAUGAAUAAUGUUGAUAUGUCUGAUACACAAGAUGCACUAGCUGCAUUUAGUUCUGAAGCUGCAGCUAAAGACUCCGAAAGUAUGAUUGCAAUCGACUCUGAUAUCAGUUUAUGUGAUCCAGCGGAUGUUUCUGGCUGUGGAAAUGAUUCAUGUUCCGCAAUCGGUUCUAAAGUUGUUGAGAUAGAGGACGGGGGCAACAUUGAUGUGGUUAAUUCUGAAACAAGCUCUGCCGUUGUCAAUGAUAUCAAAGUUAAUGGCAAUACCAAUUCAUUUUCGAGCAUGGCAGCUUCGGCGGAACCUCUCCAUUUGAAGCAUCAGUUUCCCUUUAAGCAGCUGUGAUGAUGACGAUAGGAAUGGAGCUAGAGAGCGUAGAAAUUAGAGGUAGUCAUUGAUGAUUAUGAAAACAUUUGUCGCUAAUUAUUUGUCAAUAUAUUCAUAAUUAUUCGUUAUCCCAUCUUCAAAUGAAAAGUUGAGUUGGGGAUUUUUUUAUCUGGGGUUUCGUUAUUUGCAGAAAUCUUGGGUUUUCAUUUGUAACAGUUGUAGUACGUCUGUGUAGAGACAAGUCUUUAAUAUAUAUUAGGUAAAAAUUGAAGCAAA